UAUAUAUGAUCAUCAUGCAAAUAACAACCCAUCUCAAUAUCUCACACACGUAUACAUUCACCUUUACGUACAGUUUUCCCUUUGCUUUUGGAAAGAGAACUUACAAUUUGUCCGAAGAAUGAGUCAGUUCAGCCAAAACCAAUCUGCAGGAGCUUAUCAAACGCCACCAGCGUCUAUCAGUCCCUAUGUCGCACCGGCUCCUGCCGGUUACCCAACGAACGACACUAGUCAGGCUACUAUGGCUCCUGUUGAGACAAAGUCUAAAGGUGAUGGAUUCUGGAAAGGCUGUUGUGCGGCCAUGUGUUGCUGUUGUGUCCUCGACGCCUGCUUCUGAUUUCAGAGGAGUUCAAUGGUUUAUUUGUUAUUCGUGCGAAUGAUUUGUAUUUUGCUUUUGUUGAACCAUGUUUGGGAUUUGAGUAGUUUAUGAUAUUUGGAAUCUCUUCCUAGUUGUUAAUUCGAUUCCUUAUAAUUAAUCUUUGGUUUGUAUUGUUGAAUUUAUCAUUUUUCAAUCUAUAUUUCAAAAAUAAAACAAUCAA